AUGACCUCGAUAGGCCAGCUGGACGAUCGCGUGCAGUCCAUCUCCGCCCUCAUCGACAGCGACAUCGGCGAGAAAUCCCGAACGAAGAAGGGAGCACCGAAGACUCGACCACAGGCACGCGCCACCGAGGGUCCGGUGCCGGACGGUUGGCGUACCCCGGAGAUCAGGGCGCUCGAGGACCAAAUCAACAGUCGCAUCGACCUCGUACUGCGCAUGGCGGACGAGAAGUGGCGCCUGGCCCAGCACGCCUACGACCGGCUGGACGUGAACAUCCGUCGUCUCGAUGCGGACCUCGGUCGUAUGGAGACUGACCUCCGUCGACAAGGUUUAAUACCCCCGCGCGAAGUCUCCGCGACCCCGCCGUCGAGGAAACGCCGCCGGUCGGGGGCGGAGAAAACCGACGAACCCGACUCUGACUGGUUGGGCCUCAGCCUUUCGGAACGGGUUGACACUGCCAGCCCGUGGUCGGUGGUGAACUGAGGCAGGAGGGCCCGGAGUUUGUGCGGUGGAAACGGGAGGGGAAGGGGUUGGAAUUUUGUGUGAGCGUGAACCGAUGACGGAGGAGACGGGAAUCGACACAGCUGGUGGUUUGGGGGGGAUGGUUUUAUGCGCGGAGGAGGAAGUCGGUGGGCAGGUGGGUGUGUGUGGAAUGCCAUGGGUGGGCCCGCCUACGCCGUGAAUUGACUUGUGCACCGGGGUAACGAUGGAAGAUUGGUUGUAGGUUAUGUGGUGUGUACGUGUGGAGGGUAAGGUGAACAUAAGAAGGGUCAGGAGCUGAGAAACUGUGUGUGAUGUAGGAGGUAAAGUCGACAGCGUUGAAGGGUUGGAACGCGUAAGGGGUAUACGGGCGUUUUGAGCUCGACGACUCGCACGGUCCAGCGGUCCAGCAGUAGAAGCAAGGGGAGGAGAUGAUUGUUCUGCUUGCAAUGUUUGUUCUUGGAGGGGAAGGGGAAGGGGCAGGGGUGGAGGAGACAGGUGCACUUGCGUGGGUGUUACUUGAAACAGGAGAGAGAAUACAGGUGGAGCGAUGUGCUGGGGGAUAUUUUUUCGAAGAGUGCUGGGGGCUGCAGACGUAAAUCCACAACACCGACCGAUACACUGUUUUAGGGUUUGUGUGCGAGGUUCUUUUGGUUGUGUGAUGCUGUUCGAAUAUCCAGCGGUGUAGACCCCCUCCGCCCGUAGUUGCCAUAGAAGGUAUCGUACCCCGCGCGCAUGUACCAUCUUUGUUUCCCCUGAGCUUGGUGCGCAGACGUUUUUCGGGUGGGGUGAGUGGCGAGAUGCAGUUGAUGUUUGUGUUGUUUUGUGUGAAGCACGCUAGCUCGUGU